CGCAGGCGCCGCCGGCUGCGCCCAGGCCGGGGGAGCCGCGGAGCGGGGCGGGGCGGCCAUGGCGGGGGCGCUGCGGAAGACCACUGGGCUCGUGGGAUUGGCUGUAGCUGAAAACCCUCACGAGCGCCUGCGAAUACUGUACACAAAAAUCCUUGGUGUCCUGCAGAACAUUCCCAAAGAUGCAGCCUAUAGGAAAUACACUGAGCAGAUUGUAAAUCAGAGGUUUAAUUUGGUGCAAACGGAGACUGAUGUGCAAAAGCUACAGGAGAAACUGAACAGUGGUCACAUAGAAGAAGUCAUUGUACAGGCUGAAAAUGAGCUUUCCCUGGCGAGAAAAAUGAUACAGUGGAAACCAUGGGAGCCUUUAGUUGAAGAACCUCCUUCUGACCAGUGGAGAUGGCCAAUAUAGUUUUCAAAAUGGUGUCACCUCUUGAAAGUAAAAAAAAUGUUUAAUUAUUAAUCUAUUGUUACUGACAAAUGUCUUUAAAUUAAAGAUAAUAAAUUCAUAAAAACGG